GAAGCUGACGCCAGACCCGAGCUGUUCCAUCGGCGGAGUAAAGAUGGCUGACCAAGGUGCCGCAGAUCCUGCUAAUAACAACAAUAAUAAACCUGAAGCAUCGGAGGGAACUAUUAUUAAGGUCACAGUAAAAACCCCUAAAGACAAAGAAGAAAUCGCCAUCGCAGAAGAUGCCUCUGUCACUCAGUUUAAAGAAGAGAUCUCAAGGCGAUUCAAAGCCAAACAGGACCAGUUGGUUCUGAUUUUUGCAGGGAAGAUCUUGAAGGAUGGCGACAGCCUCAGCCAACACGGCAUCAAGGAUGGCCUGACCGUUCACCUAGUCAUAAAGACAGCACACAAGGCAGGAGAUGGCGGUACCACCUCUGCCUCUAGCUCAACCUCCACUCAAGCAGGCAAUACCUCCUCCUCUAGUCCAGGUACCAUCCCUUCCUCCACAGCAGGCUCUACUGGUACCGCCCCACCACCCACACAGACGCCCAACAUACUGACUGGCUUUGGUGACCUGGCUGGUCUGUCUGGACUGGGCAUGGGCUCAGCUAACUUCAUGGAACUGCAGCAGCAGAUGCAGAGGCAGCUCAUGUCCAACCCAGAGAUGCUUUCUCAGAUCAUGGAGAACCCUCUGGUGCAGAACAUGAUGUCCAACCCAGACCUGAUGAGACAGAUGAUCAUGGCCAACCCUCAGAUGCAACAGCUGAUGGAACGCAACCCAGAGAUCUCCCACAUGCUUAACAACCCUGAGCUCAUGAGACAGACCAUGGAGCUGGCCAGGAACCCAGCCAUGAUGCAGGAAAUGAUGCGGAACCAGGACCGGGCUCUGAGUAACUUGGAGAGCAUCCCAGGAGGUUACAAUGCCUUGCGGAGGAUGUACACAGACAUCCAGGAACCCAUGUUCAGCGCUGCCAGGGAACAGUUUGGUAGCAACCCAUUCUCAGCUCUAGGUGGGACCUCUGAGUCUGGUGUCCAGCCAUCACGGACAGAGAACCGAGAGCCGCUACCCAAUCCAUGGGGGCCACCAAAUUCUUCUAACCCCUCUGAGGGUGGAGGGGGCACCACAGGAAGCACUAGCACCACUGGGGGCACCAACCCCAGUGUGUCCAACCCUCUGGGCAUCAAUCCUGGCAGUCUGGGCAAUGGGAUGUUCAACAGCCCGGGCAUGCAGAGUCUACUGCAGCAGAUCUCAGAAAACCCUCAGCUGAUGCAGAACAUGCUGUCUGCUCCCUACAUGCGCAGUAUGAUGCAGUCACUGUCUCAAAACCCAGAGUUGGCCUCCCAGGUUUUGAUGAAUAACCCCUUGUUUGCUGGAAACCCACAGCUGCAGGAACAGUUCAGAGCUCAGUUGCCCAUCUUUCUGCAGCAGAUGCAGAACCCAGAAGCCCUGUCAGUGAUGACCAAUCCCCGGGCCAUGCAAGCUCUAAUGCAGAUCCAACAGGGUCUACAGACACUGCAGACAGAAGCACCAGGCCUCAUGCCCAGUUUGAUGUCAGGUGGAGUUCCUGGCAUGCCCACAGGUGGAGUUCCUGGCAUGCCCACAGGUGGAGUUCCUGGCAUGCCCACAGGUGGAGUUCCUGGCAUGCCCACAGGUGGAGUUCCUGGCAUACCCACAGGUGGAGUUCCUGGCAUACCCACAGCAGCGGGCAUGCCCACAGAGAACCCGGCCUCCUCACCCAGCAGUGCAGGAACGAACACCGCCCAGCAGCAGCUGAUGCAACAGAUGCUCCAGAUGUUUGCUGGAGGAGGUGGAGGAGGAAGUGCAACGACCCAGACCCCAGAGGUGCGGUUCCAGUCCCAGCUGGACCAGCUGAGCGCCAUGGGCUUCAUCAACCGCGAGGCCAACCUGCAGGCCCUCAUCGCUACUGGAGGGGACAUCAACGCCGCUAUCGAGAGACUGCUGGGCUCACAGCCCUCGUAAAGACAUACAGUACAUACUGACACACAGACACGUGCAUAAAUACAUACCUGACUCAUAAACAUACCCAGCAUCUACAGAGAACCAAGAGAAAUUUAAGUGUAUUGUCCCAAACUUUACAGAAGAAACUUGGGCAGGAUCUGUAAGACCCUCAUUCUACAUCUGUUCUCAGAUCAUUCCCUAGUCCCCAUACUUUCUCUUUUUGGCAUCAUCCAACCAGAUCUCUGUCUCAUAGUGCUGCUGUAGAGCCGGACUGAACAGAGUGCUGCUGUAGAGCCGGACCCUCAGCUUGAGGGGUGUUCUGGUGCAGAGAAAAGGAGCGAAAACCUCUCCUGAAAAGGGAUUCCCAACCAUGUCUUCAUUCAUUGUUUUCUUCACAUAAAACUGGAGUUGAGUGUUGCAGACAAACAUUUACAUAAUACAGAUUAAACCCAUGUGAUGUGAUUGGCUGUUGGCUCUGUUUCAUACAUGGCCAUUGUGAGGCAGUUUGUUAGGAUUUAUCUAGCAAAUCAAUACAUGAAAAUUUUCUGGUAUACAGACAGUAAUCCUGAACAAGAACAGAAAAUAUCUUGUCCAUACAGAUGUUCAACCUCAUUCCUCACUCUUUCCCUGUUCUCGACAUUCUACAUAAAUAGCUGUUUUUUGCCCAACAACUUUCACUAUUUAUUGCAAGCGCUUACGAAAAUGACACCCUCCACACUUCCCUAAACUUGUAAUUUGUCAUUCCAGAUAAAAGUGCCCACUCACGGGUGCACAGUGUCUUUUCCUUCUGAGGCACCACUGCUGUGCCUUCUGUCCUUCCCUGCCGUAUAAGAGCAUUGUUGGCAAAUUAUACCCCCGUUCAGUGGGUUAAUUAGAAACCCCCAAUAAAUUCCACACAGCAUAAUCCAGAACUGUAACCAUAAUCAAAUAUCACAUUGUAGCAGCUCCGAAGCAGAGGACCCUGCUAAAAUGAAUAUGAAUGAAACAAACAAGCUUUCCUUUCAUUUUAAUCUGAUUCUUCUUUUUAUUUUCUUUUUCUUUUUUUGAGGUGCAGUUAGUACCUAGAGAUGAUUUAUGAUUUGUCUCGCAUAAAGUAAACGUGGAAAUCAAGUCAGUAAAAAAUAAAUAAAUAAUGGAAAGACUUUAAAAACAAUUUUGGUAUGGUGGCACCAUACAUUUCUAAAAUCAUGUUAUAGGUUGUCUUCUUUUUUUCCUUUUUGAAAAUCUCAGCAUUGUAGUUGUGGUAACCUUGGCAACUGCUUCUAUAGCUUUGCUUUGUCUGUUGACCUCAGCUGAAAAAAAUCCAUCUCCCAAUUGAACAUGUUGGAACUAACUUUUAACAGUACUGUACUAAAAAAAAUAAAACAUGGUCAAAAACA